GAUCACGAACUGACGAGCUGCAUUCGACGCGACAGAAUUCAACAGCCUUCAAACAGAGCCACGCGCAUCCGAAGGCACACCCAACGCCUCAAACUCGCGAGCUUUCAAUUGAAGCUCGAAAUCACAAACCAUGGAACAGAUUCAAGACUGGGCAACCUACAUCUCCCAAACGCACAGAGCGCCUCACUACUACAUCUCCUACGCGCAACAAGCCUUCGGCUACGCUUCAACCGCAAAUGGCUACCUCUCGACCAUAAAAUCCUACCUCCUACUCCUCAUAAACCAAGUCUCUGAAAAACCCGACCUAGCCACAAUAGCUCUCCUCCUCAUAAUCUUCUUCAUCUCGCUCAAAAUUCUGAACAUGCUGCUCCAGACCGUGCUGUUCUGGUUUAGAAUGGCCAGGAGGUUGGUGUUUUGGGGAGGACUGGUGGGGUUGGCGGUUUGGAUGUAUACGAGGGGACCGGAGGGAGCGGCGGCGGAUCUGCAGUAUUGGUAUGAUACUUGGACGGUGGAGUAUGAGCAUUGGAAGGAGCAGGAGAGGGUUGCGAGGUUGAUGCAGCAGCAGCAGGCGCAGUUUGGGCAGAGGGGGCAGAGGUGGUACUGAGUAGGAGGAAACGAGGAGGGAUUGAUUUGCAUGGUUUGGGCAUACAUACUUGUGGGAUUAGCGAUGGCGUUUUGAGAGCCGAGAUGGGCAUGGCAUGGGAUUGGGAUUUGGAGACAGACUACAUUGAUGAGGUAUGAAUGCAAUGACUACCGCUAUCGGAUAUUAUCACAUUCAUGGGGCUUCCUCAGACGUAGCUCACAAGUGUGGCUAGCAGAUAAUGCCGCCAAAUACGAGAGACAUAUAGAGUGCAGUCAAGCAGAAGUCGAAGGCUGAAGCUUAGACACGAAGGACAGCGGUCUGGAAAUCCGGGAGUUGUUU